UACAUAUAUGUGUUUUCCAUAUUUUGCAAUAUAUCAGAUUUCUGUAUGGUAAUCUUCAUUUCAAAAGCCAAAGUUAGACUGAAAGCAAUGGAAAUGUCAUUCUUAUGCAGAUUAUGAAAACACAUCAAGCUGAGAUUAAGUAUUGUCAUUGUCACUAUCAAUCAAUAUCCAGGACCAGAAUUCAAAUUGGCCCUCAUAAUCAGAACAAAUGUCUGGAACUGCUCUUAAAAAUUCUUAAAGGAUUACUUCACCCAAAAAUGAAAAUUCAGCAUUGUUUACUCACCCCUUUGUUGUUAUAACCCUAUAUGACUUUCUUUCUUUUUCUUAACAAAAAGGGAGAUCUUCUGAAAAGAAUAGUUCUCAGUGAUGUCAUACAAUGGCAGUUUAUGGUGACUACCUCUACAAGAUUCAAAAGAACGCAAAAGUACAAUUGAAAUGAUUUAUAAAUAUAAAUUAUUCCAUGAGACUGAUGAUUGUUAUGAAAGCAUACAAUAAGGUUUGUUGAGAAACAAACUGAAAUCGAAUGUAUUAUUUAGUGAAUCUGUUCACUGACCGUUGAUCUCCUGUGAGCAUUCAUGAUAGGGCACAAGAGCAACAUUUCAAUGGUGUGUUCAAGCGAUAUCUCGUUUGUUUAUUUAAAAACUGGUCCUCCACAGCAGUAGCGAUAACAGAGCACAACACAUCCGCAAACAAGACAGAGAACAGACCUUACUAAACAUGUCUGAAGAGUUAGUAGUCGAAGAAUUGAUGCAUUUCUAUGUCUUUAAAAAACUGUUUUGGACCGGUGCAGUUCACAGCUGGCGGAGUUAUGGAAAAUAGAAAACAAGCAAUCGACAAAAUGUUGCGUCGUUCAUCACUGCUGGUUAGGACAAAAACUAUACAUACAAUAUACUUUUUAUCAAGUGUCGUUUCCCGUCAGUUUAGGACAUGGUGAGACUGUGGCUGCCUGUAGCCUCCUUUAUGUUUCUGUUUGAUUUCUGAGUACUCCGUUCAAAAAAUCAAGGCUGGACAUAGAAAUGCAUAAAUUCUUCAACUACAAACUCUUCAGACAUGUAUAGUAAGUUCUGUUCUCUGUUUUGUGUGCAGCUGUGUUGUGUUCUGUUGUCGAUAUCACUAUGGAGGACCAGUGUUUUAGAUAAACAAAAUUAGUUUUCCCUUGACUGCCCCAUUGUCAUGAGGGUCUGCGUGAACUGUUGCUCUCGUGCCCUUAUCAUGAACGUGCACAGGAGAUCAACGGAAUUCAGAUAAAGAAAACCUAAAGAUGGGUGAAUGGGACUUCCUUGGGAGACUUCUGGAUCGAGUCCAGACACACUCAACAGUGGUGGGGAAAAUCUGGCUCACCGUCCUGUUUGUGUUUAGGAUUCUAGUCCUCGGCGCUGGUGCCGAGAGAGUCUGGGGUGAUGAGCAGUCAGACUUCAUCUGCAACACGGAGCAGCCAGGUUGCGAGAACGUGUGUUACGACAUAGCAUUCCCCAUCUCUCACAUUCGCUUCUGGGUUCUGCAGAUAAUUUCCGUGUCCACACCAACUCUAGCCUACCUGGGCCAUGUUGUCCACGUCAUACAUGUCGAGAAGAAAGUCAGAGUGAUGUUGAAGAAAGAGCUUAAGAACGAGCAAAUCAGCCUAUUCCUCAAGAAAGGCUACAAACUCCCUAAAUACAGCAGCGACAAUGGGAAGAUCAGUAUUCGAGGGUGUCUACUAAGGAGCUACAUCCUGAGCUUGCUUUGUAAGAUACUUCUUGAAGUUGGGUUCAUCUUUGGACAGUACUAUCUGUACGGCUUUACUCUUCAGGCCAAAUACGUUUGUUCUCGUUUUCCAUGUCCUCACAAGGUGGAUUGCUUCUUGUCAAGACCAACCGAGAAAAGCAUCUUCAUUUGGUUUAUGUUGGUGGUGGCCUGCAUCUCUUUACUCUUGAAUGUCAUUGAGAUCUUAUACCUGUUUGUCAAGAAGAUCAACGAGUGUCUUAACCAAAAACAGGGCUAUACCGUCACUCCUGUGACCCUGGAUGUCAAAAGAAAGGACAAAAAUAAAGAUCAGGUGAUCCAAAACUGGAUGAAUCAUGAGCUGGAGCUUCAGAAGAGGGAACUUGGCAAUGAGGCCACAAAAAGUGUGGUGUCAGAGGACAACAGAGCUGACAUGCUAGAGGUCCAUAUCUGAUCAACAAGUCUCUGUACACAAGGUCUUUCACACGGUCAACUUAAGCAAACAGCCAUUGGACCAAGUGACUCGUGUCUUGUUGAGGCGCCCCAAUCCAACAUCUGACAACUCCCAUGCUUGCUGUUUUGACCUUGAGAAUUUCCAUUGAAGUUUCAUACAAAGUACACUUUACAUUGACCCUUUGUUUAACAAAUCAAUACUGCACUGCUGAAGUGUUUUGUUUUUAAUUUUAGUCUGAAAUCAUACUGCUGUGUUUUGUUGUAGAAAAUUUCAUGUCAAACUUCAAAAUUGUGUUAUGUAAACUGUUUUUGUCAAUUGUUUCACUUUUAUAAAGCUGAUAAAAUUUUGAUUUAAUUUAGUUUCUAUUAAAAAAAUGUCCUUUUGUUCUUUAGAAUUUAGGUUGAAGUUUCAUAUAAGUACACUACACUAUUGAUAUUACAUUAACUAAAACGUCUGCUGUUCUCGUUUUUUAUUUUAGUCUGAAAUCAUACUUUUGAGUUCAUGUGUAU